AUGGUUCAUAACGGCACCAAUGGAAAUGGCGUCUGCCCUAGAGGGCUCCUAGACGGCAGACUUGCGGUCAUCACAGGCUCAUCUCGAGGCAUCGGAGCUGCAGUCGCCCACAACCUCGCCUCGAAGGGUUGUUCAGUUGUCAUUCACUACAAUUCUCCCAAAUCUAGCAAAGAUGCAAUUGAAUUGGCUGAAGCACUACGCACUAGCUAUGGCGUUGACUGCAUUGUAUUGCAGGCAGAUCUCAGCGCAGAUGGUGGCCCGGAGGAUUUCAUCGCAGCCAUCAAAGACCAAUGGACCACAUCGCACCCGUCCUUCCAGAUUGAUAUCCUGAUCAACAAUGCGGGUAUGGUGCACAACGCGAUUCUAGGCGAGUGCAACUCCACAGACUUUUACAAAGUCUACCGGAUCAACACCCUGGCACCACUAUUGACGAUGCAAGCGGUCAUGCCGUUUCUGCCUAACGAUCGGAGUGGCAGAGUUGUGAACGUAUCCUCUGUGUCAUCAACUACGGGAUUUGUGGAUCAGAGUAUAUAUGGUGGCUCGAAAGCUGCUCUUGAAGCCUGCACAAAGUCUUGGGCUCGUCAGCUCGCCGAGCGAUGUACAGUCAAUGCGGUCAAUCCUGGACCUGUCAAGACCGAAAUGUGGGGUGGUCUGACAGAGAAGUUCGUGGAAGACAUGAGGCCUUACAUCCACCUUACUCCACUUAUGGCAGUGCAAGACACUGAUAGUGAUGAGGCCAAGGCGGAGGCGAAAUUACUGGGCGGCGUGCCAGCCGAAGCUGAUAAGAUCGCGGGCAUCAUUGGGAUGUUGUGCUCCGCGGAAAGUGCUUGGUGUACUGGCCAGGUGAUCUGUGCAAAUGGCGGUAUGAGGAUGAGUGAGUGA